CUGUGAACUGUGUUUCUAAUGAGAAGUUACCCGGAAGUACCCCCCUCUUCUCCUCCGUGUUGGUCUGGUCCGGUCCAUAACAACAUGGCCGCCUCUAUGUUCAGGAGAGCUGAACUUCUCCGGUCCGUCAGGACUUCAGUUCACUCGUCAUGGCUCCAUGGUUCGGCUGCUCCUCCUCUUCCUCAGGCGAAGUUCUUCCCGCCGGUUGAAGGCGUCAUGCUGCCGACAGGAAGCUUCAAGGACCGCGUGGCGUUUAUCACGGGGGGGGGGACGGGUCUGGGCCGAGCUAUGACCACGACUCUGUCUCAGCUGGGAGCUCAGUGUGUCAUCGCCAGCAGGAAGUUGGACGUCCUGCAGAAAACAGCCGAGGAGAUCAGCAGCCAGACUGGAAACAAGGUCCAUGUGGUUCAGCUUGAUGUCAGAGAUCCUGAGGCGGUCUCUCGUUGUGUGGACCAGGUGGAGUCUCUGACGGGACUUCCUGAUGUGAUCAUCAACAAUGCAGCAGGAAACUUCGUCUGUCCGUCAGAACGUCUGUCUCCAAACGCCUGGAAGAGCAUCACGGACAUCGUACUGAACGGGACCGCCUUCGUUACCCUGGAGCUGGGAAAGAGACUGAUCCAGAGUCAGAGAGGUUAGAGACUGAUCUAGAGUCAGAGAGGUUAGAG